GCUGGUUCUGUUUCUUCUAGUACGAAAUUAUCAUUGUUUUUACCCGAAUAAUUGACAUUCACUUCGAAAUCUCUGUUCCAGGGGGUUAUACAAUGGAUGGAAUCUGUGGCGUGAAACGGACGCGAGAGAAUCUUGAACUUUCUUCCUCUGAGACAAAAACCCACAAGUUAGAAAAGAUUUAUGCUUGGCGCGAUUUUCCUGAAAAUCCCGGACUUCUUGUCAAAGAUGAUGAGUUCAGUGACUCUGAACAAUAUUCUGAUGGUCAUGAACAUUCUGCUGUAGAAGAAGGACUCUGGGAAAAAAACUAUGAUGAUGAUGAUGAUGCCAGUUCUAGAGCUCCAGAGAGAUCGUAUGAUAAUCAUGAAAAAGGACCUUGGGAUGAAUUUGAUGAUGAUGACUGUUUCAUUGCUAAAGUGGGAUCUUACGAUAAUCAUUAUGAAUAUUCUCAUGUAAAAGAAAAAGGAUCUUGGUUUGAAGUUGAUGAUGAUGAUACUGGGUGUUCUAUUGCUGAAUUGGGAUCAUAUGAAUAUUCUGCCUUCAUUGAAAAAGGACUCCGGGAAGAGUGUGAUGAUGAUGAACUAUACUGCACUGGACAAGAAGAAGAAGAAGUUGGAGAAGAUUUGGAGGCGCCAAUCUGUUCAUUUUUUCAUAAUGGGAGGGCACAGGCAAGGCGUGAUUAUCCAGAGGGCGUUUUUCGUGAAAAUCCAUGUCUUGUCAAAGAAGAGUUCAGGGACUCUGAACAAUAUUAUGAUGGUCAUGAAGAUUCUGCUGUAGGACUUUGGGUAGAGUCUGAUGAUGCUGAACAAUAUUGUACAGGACAAGAAGAAGUUGAAGAAUAUUUGGAGGAGUCGAUUUGUUCAAAUUUUUGUAAUGGAAAGGCACGGGCAAGGCGCGAUUAUUCAAAGAGUGUUUUUCCUGGAAAUCCCAGUCUUCUUGUCAAAGAAGAUGAGUUCAGUGACUCUGAACCAUAUUCUGAUCGUCAUGAAUAUUCUGCUGUAGAAGAGGGACUCUUGGAAAAAAACUAUGAUGAUGAUGAUGAUGAUUUUGUCAGUUCUGGAGCUCAAGAGAGAUCUUAUGAUAAUCAUGAAAAAGGACAUUGGGAUGAAUUUGAUGAUGAUGAUGACUGUUUUAUUGCUGAAGUGGGAUCAAAUGAUAAUCAUUAUGAAUAUUUUCCUGUAAUAGAAAAAGGAUCUUGGCAAGAACUUGAUGAUGAUGAUGGUGAGUGUUCUAUUGCUGAAGAGGGAGCUUAUGAACUAUACUGUACUGGACAAGAAGAAGAAGUUGGAGAAGAUUUGGAGGCGCCAAUUUGUUCAUCUUUUAACAAUGGAAAGGCACGAGCAAGGCGAGAUUAUCCAAAGGGCGUUUUCCCCAGCAAUUAUAAUGUAGCGAAGGAGCCAAAGCCAAAGUAUUGUUUGGGGGAACAGAUUAAUAUGGCGUGUUCUUGAGCAGCAGAAGAAGUGAGAAGAACCAUCCAUGCACACAACCAGACAACAAUCAUUUAAACUUUUGUUGCUUAAACAAUGCGAAGUAUAUUCUACGUAGUUUGAUUUGGCCGGUUUAUUCUGAAUAGUAAUUAGAUUCAUGAUUCUUUCUAGGCUGACCACUUGAUUUUUGUCUUGUGCUGAGAAAUUGAAAUGUUAUAAACAAUAGUAUAUAUACAUUCAUAUUUUUUACUUUGUA